UAGCCGAGUUCCUUGACACUCAAUCACCCCAGCAUUCCGCAAUGCAACACUAUACUCAAGGUUCAAUCAGAUCAGCUAUGCGACGCCUGAAUAUUCAGCUGCACUAUGUACUUCUGAUGGGAGCUCUGGGUAUUCUCUCUUACUACAGCAUUGGUAUAUUUUCCAAAAUCUCUCCUAUAAAUCAUCCACUCCAUCUGUCAGGAGAAGUAGAUAGCAAAUUUGAAAAUGUUCGGAAAGUUUUCGAGCAGCAUUUCAUUGAUGGAUUGGAGCCACAGGGGGCAUCUCUUGCUGUAUACGUAAAUGACAAGAAAGUAGUUGAUUUGUGGGGUGGUUACGCCGAUUUUCAAGCAAACAGGAUAUGGCAAAAAGAUACUAUUGCUGUCGCUUUUUCAACAACCAAGUCUGUUGCCGCUGUUUGCAUAGCUCUUCUGGCUGAUAGAGGAAGACUUAGUUACGAUGAUCUCGUCUCAAAGCACUGGCCAGGCUUUGCAAAAAAUGGCAAAGAAAAUAUCACCAUAAACUGGAUGGUGUCACACAUGGCAGGUCUGUACUAUUUCGAAACCCCAGUAACAAAACAAAUGGCAAAAGACCACAAUCUCAUAAGAGAGGCGAUAGAAAAUGAAGCACCAAAAAUAACGCCAGGAGAAAGGAGCGGUUAUCACGCUCUUACAUACGGAUGGCUCGUUGAUCAAAUCAUCAGACACACGGACGAGAAAAAGCGUGGAAUAGGACAAUUUUUCAAAGAAGAAAUCGCUCAGCCAAAUGGCAUUGAUUUUCACAUCGGUUUGGAUAUCUUCUCCGAGGAAUACCGCGUAGCUCGCACUGCUCUCGUUCAACCCGUCGAUCUCAUGAAGGAAAUCAUUCAUGACUACAAAUCUCUAUAUGUGCUACUCAGUCUUCUCGCGGGCAUUACGUUUGGUCCACUCAAAAGCGCUAUUGGCAAUCCAUCUUGGAUCAUUCUUAGGACGCAGUGUACAGUCAACGAUCCUGAACAGCAUGCAUUGGAACAGGCUGCUGUACUUGGAAUAGGAAAUGCGCGAUCCCUAGCAAAGUUGUUCAAUCUCUUCAUGAAUGGACGCAUAGUUAGCAAUGAAACAUUGCGGCUUUUGAAGAAUCCAAUAAAGAACGAGGAGGAUUUUGUGCUUCCUAUGCAUGUUGCCGUAGGACACGGGUUUUUCUACUAUCCAUCGAUCAUUGGUGAGGACGAAUUCAUUGUUGGACACUCCGGCUUUGGAUGCCAGCAAGUAAUAUUUGACUCUGAGAACAAAAUCGUGAUUGCAUACAUUGCAAACGGACUGAAGAUAGGAAUGUAUGAUAGCUGUCGGAUUUAUUCAAACCUCCAGAAGGCCGUUUACGAUGCACUUAACAUAUACUGUGAUGGACUUCAUUGCUAUUUUGCCCAUCUUCUUCGAAUAUGGGUUUCGAGAUAUGUAUAA